GUGGCCUCUUUGCCUCUUUACGCCGCCGGGACACCAGGUCAGCCACCGGCACCAUGAAGAUCUGGACUUCGGAGCAUGUAUUUGACCACCCAUGGGAAACUGUUACAACAACUGCGAUGCAGAAAUACCCAAAUCCUAUGAACCCAAGUGUGGUCGGAAUCGAUGUACUGGACAGACAUAUAGAUCCUUCUGGAAAGUUGCACAGCCAUAGACUUCUCAGCACAGAGUGGGGACUGCCUUCCACUGUGAAAUCUCUGAUUGGUGCGGCAAGAACAAAGACAUAUGUGCAAGAGCAUUCUGUAGUUGACCCUGUAGAGAAAACACUGGAACUCACAUCCACUAAUAUUUCAUUUACAAAUAUGGUUUCAGGAGAUGAGAGACUUAUAUAUAAACCACAUCCUCAGGACCGAGAAAAAACUGUUCUGACCCAGGAGGCCAUCAUCGCUGUGAAGGGCGUCAGCCUCAGCAGCUACCUGGAAGGGCUGAUGGCGAACACCAUAUCUUCAAACGCUAGUAAAGGCCGAGAAGCGAUGGAAUGGGUCAUACAUAAAUUAAAUGCUGAGCUUGAAGAACUGAUGGCUUCGGCCAGAGGGAGCAUAAGGUCACCGAUGGCAGCGGCAGCCUUUGCAGAGAAAUGAU